AGUCCUUUAAAGGCGUAUUUAAAGCCCUGGCUUCAGUUGCAGGAGUAGCGGACAACCUAUGCAACAAAAUUUGCCGCAGAGCCGAGCGACUGUCCGACUCUGAGCGGACAAAAACACGGAGCCAGCGGCUGACACAACCUGGCGAGGUACGACUGCAGGGCUUAAAAUUGCAGUCUGGACCAAAACUUCAACAUCUCAAUUAAUGAAGCUUUUAAGGCCUUUUGAUUGAUCAGCCAAUCGAUGGGGAUUUUCAGAGGAGCUCCGCCCACCUUCGCUGCCUGCCCUCCUCCUCCUUCCCAUUCCCCCCACGGGCUCUUCUUUGCCCCCACCCACUCCGUCAUCCAGACCUCCAUCCAGCCCUCAAUCCAGCCCUCUAUACACAAAAUGACUCUGAAACUUACUGAAUGGUCUUCUAUAUGGAUUUUUACAGCUUGUAAUAGACAGUAAGAAAAAGAGGGGGAGAAACCUCAAUGACAAUAAAGCCAUAAACACACACACACACACACACACACACAUAUACACUCUCACACAUACAGUACACACACAAACAUACCUGACACACACAGAAAGAAGCACUUUUUCUUGGAAUGUACCGCACGUCUUCCUGUGAAAAUUCAACUGCUUCCUUAAUUUCUCUGUAUUUUGUACAAGCCUUUGGAAAGCUGAUUUUCUUUUUCAACUCUGGGACUAAACAAAAAAGCGGAAAGGGAGAUCAACAGCUGCAGUGUUUUGGGCGGACAACUUGUUCAGAGGGACAACGGAUUGCUGAGUUUUUGGUUUUGUUUUCUAUACUUUAACAUGCUAGAUCAUACAUAAUAGAUCUCUUUUCUCUUCAUUUAUUUAUUGACACUAUCCAUCACAGGUUUUUUAUUCCAGUGGUAUUAGCACUGCAUACAUUUUAAAGCAGUAAUAAUCAUACUUUCUAGCCAGUUAGUACCACAGGCUACAAUUUAUUGCUUGUAAAGAUUGUAAUUAAUUCACUACUAAACUACUACUAUUUUUAUAGAAACUACAUAUGCAGGGACAUAGUAUUGUUUUUUUCCUUUGGUAGCUACAGGUAAUUGUUUUCCAAUUUGUCAGCUUGUUAGAGGGGCAUUGUUUUUUUUCUUCAUUGCAUGCAUGCCCUCCACCAUGCCUCCACAAAACACAGAGGCCGCUGCUAUGCAGGUCGGAUCUCUGGUGGGCGGGGCUAACGGCAAAAACUCCGCUGCAUCGGGCUUGGGCAUGGAGAAAGCAGGCGAUGAGGCGCAUGGAUCAGGGGGCAGCAGAGGUCGAGGAGGGGAGGAGUCAGUGAGCGAGGGAUCGGUCGAAGGCAUACCCUUGAAGAGAUGGGUGAUGCAUGGGGCCGUGAUGUUUGGCAGGGAGUUCUGCUACGCCAUGGAGACGGCGCUGGUUACACCUGUACUGCUGCAAAUAGGUCUUCCAGAGCAGUACUACAGUCUGACGUGGUUCCUCAGUCCGGUCCUCGGUCUCAUGUUCACUCCUCUGAUCGGCUCGGCCAGCGAUCGCUGCACUCUGCGAUGGGGCAGGAGGAGGCCGUUUAUCCUGGCUCUCUGUAUAGGGACCCUGUUAGGAGUGGCACUCUUUCUGAAUGGAUCGCUGAUAGGUUUGGCCAUGGGAGAUGAGCAGGGGAGACAACCAAUAGGAAUUGUUCUUACUGUGCUGGGGGUGGUGGUGUUGGACUUUUCUGCGGAUGCAACUGAGGGACCAAUCAGAGCGUACCUGCUAGACGUGGCAGACACGGAGGAACAAGACAUGGCCCUUAACAUCCAUGCUGCCUCAGCGGGUCUUGGUGGUGCAGUUGGCUACGCCCUUGGAGGUUUAGACUGGACGCACACCUUCCUUGGAGUCAUCUUCAAGUCCCAGGAACAAAUCCUGUUCUUCUACGCUGCGGUCCUCUUCUCCGUCUCUGUUGUUUUACAUCUCUUCAGCAUCGAGGAGCAGCAGUACUCGCCCCAACAGGACAGGCUGGAGCAGGAGACUCCAGAUCGCACUAAACUGCAACCAUCAACCAAUGGCAGGACUGGACUUCCCGCUCCCAAGCUGGAAUUGAUUGGAGAGGAUGAAACAAUGGACAGCUAUGACCUCUAUGACCCUUGUGGAGACAACUUCUCAGAGCGGGGGGAUAUGGAUAUGGACUUCCUAGAGAUGGAGCUUGUGAGAAGUAAGAGUGACAGUGUUCUAGCCAUUGCAGAUGCCACUCUCGACCACAUGGACCACGAAGCAUUGUUUCUUUGCCAAAUAGAGCCGUCCAUCUUCGCUGACCGCCUCUCGCCCUAUCACGGCUCGCCCCCUACGAGUGGUAAUUUCUUCAAUGCCAAUCGCAGCACUCCGCCACCGCGGUUUGGCAACAUCAGGCGCAACAGCAGCGCAGGAAGUCAAGACCUGCUCCAAACCAACAAACACCAUACACACGCUACCACCCCUAGGAUUUCCCGCCUCUCUGCUUUCCUACAGGAAAUGGAAAAUGACGAAGGUGAGGAGGCGUUACUGAAUAACCAGCUCAAUGAGCAGCGGACACUAAACGGGCGGCUCUUAGCCACUGUAACUAAUCCUGAUGGGGAUGGCACUAACAUGCUGAGCUCUAAAGGACAGGCACAUCGCGCUGGGAUGGUCAAAGCUUCCAGUACUGGAGCCCCCAUGCGGCAGUCCCAUCACCGCCACGUCUUCUACCGCCAGCCGUCCUACACCUUCUCCUAUUAUGGUAGAGUUGGGAGCAAUCGCUACCGCUAUCGCCGGGCCAAUGCCGCUUAUAUCAUCAAGCCGUCUCGCAGUAUGAACGACCUGUACGAAGUGGAGGCCAGACACAGGAGGAAUCACAGGCAGAGAAACAGACACCGCAGCGGAAACACCAACUCCUCCAGCGGGGAUACAGAGAGCGAAGAAGGAGAGGUUGAGACCACUGUGCGGCUGCUGUGGCUCUCCAUGCUGAAGAUGCCUCCCGAGCUGCUGCGCCUGUGUGCCUGUCACCUGCUCACCUGGUUCUCCAUUAUUGCCGAGGCUGUCUUCUUCACUGACUUCAUGGGACAAGUCAUCUACCAUGGAGAUCCUACUGCUCCUGCAAACUCUACUUUAUUGGAGGAUUAUCACAAAGGAGUUCAGAUGGGAUGUUGGGGACUAGUUAUAUAUGCCAUGACUGCUGCCACAUGCUCAGCUAUCCUUCAGAAGUACCUUGACAAUUUUGACCUCAGCAUUAAGGUCAUCUACAUCUUGGGAACGCUUGCAUUUGCCAUAGGAACUGCUGUUAUGGCAAUCUUUCCUAAUGUGUAUGUUUCCAUGGUGAUGAUCAGCAGCAUGGGCAUCAUCUCCAUGAGUAUCUCCUACUGUCCUUAUGCUCUGCUGGGACAGUAUCACGAAAUGAAAGAGUACAUCAGGCACAGUCCUGGUAACUCCCGGAGAGGCUUUGGCAUAGAUUGUGCUAUCUUAUCCUGCCAGGUGUACAUCAGUCAGAUCUUGGUGGCUUCAGCCCUGGGUGCUGUCGUGGAGGCUGUUGGCAGCGUCCGUGUCAUUCCCAUGGUGGCCUCUGGGGGCUCCUUCCUCGGAUUCUUGACCGCCCUCUUCCUGGUCAUUUACCCGACCCCUAACGGGGAUGGGGAAUCCGCCAAAGCUUCAAAACGGUCCUUGACUAAGCUGGAGAAUCCCAACACUGACGAAGUGGCUGUUACAGUGGUUACAGAAAAACCCAGCUUCCUGAAACUCAACAAGAAGGGCCAGCCAACCACCACCAUCUCUUCCUGUCACACAGAGAAUGAGUCUUCUCUGUGAUUGGUUGGCUUGAGACAACAGACUUGUUGCUGCAGAACCAACUAACUUCACUUUUGAAACGUUCACUGAUGGAAAGACAUAUUGACACCCCCGUCCUCAUCAUGCUGGAGUUUACAGACACAAAGAAGAGAGAGGAGGGCCGUCGGUGUGCACUUGGUCUACUCUAGGUUUCUGUUCUUGCUUUUACAGGCUUUUUCUGAUUUGGUGUUUAUUGAUUUGCUGAAGAAAAACACUUUAUCUGAUGUGGGACCAGUGUCACACCAGACCAACUUACUCUACAAAAAAACGCGUUCAGGUCCCAGUGCUGUUUUUAGCCAUCAUAGAAAUUCCUACCACAUAGCCUCAUACAUAUAGCCUCCACGGACGUUUGACUGAUCCAUCCGGGUUGUCCAGAAGUGAAUAAUCCAUUGGUCAAGGUUUAACGGAAAAGUUGUCUCUGUCUCUCAGGGCCUCUAGGAGGUGCUACUGAGCAGCCACCUGGACAGGAAACUUCAGGGGACUAACACACACACACACACACACACACACACACACACACACACACACACACACACACACACACACACACACACACACACACACACACACACACACACCUCUUUAUCUGGGGUUACGCAAUCGAAAACAUUGUUGAUGAACAUUAGUCCUCGAAGCUGCAAUCAUUCAAAAAUGCUGAAAAUAGUUUUUCCUCGCUGUAGGAUCAGCUUGAAUCUUUGCUAAGAUGAUGCAAGCGAGAUCAAUGAGAGUGUGUGUGUCUGCUGACGUUUCACCAAAAUAAACCCAAUCGCACACUCAGAUUUGGGGGAAUUCCACUGGACUUUGCGACAGUAGCUUUAAGACUUCGAGACUUUUGGAAGUGUAAUUUUCGGAAACUAAGAGUCCGAAGCCUGGUUCCUGGCAGAAAAUUAUCGAUUUUUACGUCCCCAGAAGGAUUGCAAAUGAGUGUUUUUUAUUUCAUUUUUUUGCUGUCCUUCCAAUGGCAGGAGUCCUGAAGUCUUUAAUUUAGCCUUUGCUCCAAGGCAACGUUGACAAUAGGCUCUGCUCAGGAGUUGCCUGUAUAUUGAGGGUCAAGAACACAGAUGUGUAUUGAGGGAAAUUCCAGGAAAGAAUAAGCGCUGAUGCAAUAUGUGCAGUAUACAGGGCAUUACAAUCCCAAAUAUUAUUUUCAUGAUUUGUUGAGGGGCCAGAAUGAUACCUAUUUUUGUUUUAAAUAAUCUAGGCUAACCUACAUGCUGCAUGUUAGAGGAGCAGAGAAGAGACAAACCAAACACUAGAGAAGUAGAGAAGCGAGAUGCUGACUUUCUACUUUCUCUUGCUUAUUUUUUAUAUUUUAUUUUUUAGAAAAUGCUGUUAGUACAAUGCUAGUCACUAACUGCACAUUAGCUGAGCCAUUGUUUGAAAGAGUGUUAAACAGCAUUAAGUUUGUAAAGCCUUGUUUUUAAAAUCCUCUUCAGGAGUUGGAUUCAUGCAUCUUAGGUCACCAGCAGGACGGGGCUUCCAGUGGAUCCAUUAACUCUACCAGUAAUCGUCAAGAGUCUGGAAUGGGACACAGGAGUAUUAGAGUGGAUGCUAGGUAUA